AUGCCACCACAUGCACACGCUUCUUCUCCAGAUGUAGUCGAAGGAUUACCUGCAUAUGACGUCGAUUACACCGGAUCUAAGCCUUUCAUGUACAACUUCACCUCUCAAUCCGUCAGCCAAAGCGUAUCAUCAUCUUCACUGGAAAUCGAAGUAGGCGUCGUACCGGACCACAACGCAGCCAUGGCGGAUGUAUCAAACAACCACCACCACCCAUCAUUGCCGGAAGUAUAUCCGACUCCUGUGUCGGGUUUCGAUCGUGAAGCCAGGGUUUUAAGAUACAAAGAAAAGAGGAAGAACAGGAGGUUUGAGAAAACGAUUCGAUAUGCUUCGAGGAAGGCAUACGCAGAAACAAGACCCAGAAUUAAAGGAAGAUUCGCCAAGCGAACUGAAAUCGAUCUAGAAGUGGAAGACACCUUCAUUUCCCCAGAUUCCUCAUACGGCAUCGUUCCAUCCUACUAAUUAUGUUUUUCUUUUACAUUUUUUUCGUACAUGUGUGUUUUUUGUUAAUCCAUGUGUAUAUAUAUAUUAGAUGACCUCUUAAUCAAGUACUAUUUAUAAUAACUAUAACUUCAGGAAAG